GCAUGAGAUAAUCCGUCAUAUCCCGUAUCACCUCACCUUAAUAAACAACUUACUUGGCCACCAUGUAAUGGUCCAUCCUUCUACUUGUCGCUAGCCCCCAGCUUGGCCUCAUUCUUUUCCCUGGCAAUCGUAUCCGUCUUCGUUACUGGUAGAAGACAUCACCAACCUUCAAAUUUGCCUAGAAUUUGUACGGUCAUUUGGAUACACAGCCUUGGCAAUGCCUUCGAUAACACCGUUUGAGCUGCCUACAUUCUCUACGAAUAAGAAGAGGAGACGAGAUGACGAUCACGACGAGACGCAGAUGUCAUUGUACGCUUCGCCAAAGUCCUUUUUGAGGUCCUCAUCCGCUAACUUCGACGUCCGUUCCAGAACAAUACAACACAAUGAGUCAACAAACCUUCUCUCUACCAUCGACAAUAAUGAACGGCUCAUUCUCCCUUCCUCCGGUCGGGGCACCUCUGCGAUGCUUAACAUGCCACGAAAAGUGAUCCCAUUACCCGUGAACAAGAGGUUCCGACUAGUCAAUGAUGACGACGAGCAUGAUAGCCAGCCGACCCACUACUCGUCGCAGCAGUCCCACCAUUCACAUGCCCAUCCCGAAUACACAACACCACCGACGUCACCACAACACAGCCGACCGAGCGCUCAUGCCAGAGCAAAUAUACCAGCCCUACUAAGCCCUUGUCACAUCUGCCACCGAAAACCAACCAAGAAAUCCGACCUCGAUUCCUUCGCAGAUUGCAUGGGCUGCGGACAAAGAGCUUGUUUCGUCUGCAUACGCGCAUGCCAAGGCUGGCUUCCGCCUUCGGAGGAGGAAGAGAACUUAUCUGCGUCCUUCACCAUGCACGAUGUAGACGACAACCAUACCUACGACAAUAAGCCCGACCAAAAGAAAGGCAAGGGAGGAGGCUGGAAUGGUCGCGGUCACCGAGAAAUGAUUUGCAGUCGCUGCUGUGUAGAGCGAGGCCGCGAGGGCGACGUCGUCUGCCUAGGAUGUCUAGCCGGCAUGGAAGGGGUAUAGGGUGCCUCAACACAUGCAGGAAAUCAGCCAUCGCACUAAUUCCAACACUUACGUCGCCCACUGUACAACAAAACACCGGGCAUCGAAGCCACCUCACUCCGAAUGAAGGAAGAAUUGAGAACAGGAAGGAAAUGUUCGCUCUAAACAUCUUCGUUUCAGAGCCGUAGGAGGAGGAUUUAUCGGACUUUCGACAUAAGCAUGGUGCCAAACGGGCAUCGCAUUGCAUUGCAUUGCGUUGGAGCAGAUCACUUAAUUAAGAUACCACUUCUUUUUCUAACGGGCUACGGUUAUAUUCAUUAUUGCGGGAAUGCUUGC